GGGCGACUUGGUCAGAGAGGAAAAAAAAAUCAAAGCGACCACAUGAGAACGAUCAAGCCGCAGGAAAAACCUCGCGGGGGAAGAAAACCAGCGUCUACAAGCACUACAAGCAACCCCCAUCGCCUGUGCAGCGCAGGGGCGGCGCGGAGACUGGACCUCUCCCGGAGCCGGAGCCGCUGCCGGGGCGAGGAGCGAGAGAGCAGGGCCACCACUCGCCCACACGCACCCCGGGGACCGACCGGCCGCAGUCCGCACACACUCACUCACUCCACCUUCAGCACCGACGCCGGCCACCACAGUUCCUGCCAACGUCCCACAAAGUGCAACAUUCACACACUGUUGCCUUUCACCUGUCCCGUUAACACCCUGAAGCCUAAAGUAGGCGGAAACCUCCACUCGCAUCCGCACCUGUGACUGGCCGGCCUGUACACCGCUCCCUUUAACAUUAUAUACACAUUAUCUGUUUAAAGACAAUUACACAAUGAAGCGGCUGUACGACGAGACCUCCUCGGACAGUGAUCUGGAGGAGACGAUAGACGUUGGGAGAGAGGAAUAUUACUGCCCUGUGACUCGAUCAAGUUCACCAACAACAACUUCACACAUGUUGGCACGAAAGAAGAGGCGUGGAAUUAUUGAAAAAAGAAGGCGGGACAGGAUUAAUAACAGUUUAUGUGAACUGCAACGCUUGGUCCCAACAGCUUUUGAAAAGCAGGGAUCAUCAAAGCUGGAAAAAGCAGAGAUCCUGCAGAUGACAGUGGACCAUCUGAAAUUACUCCGUUCAACUGGGGGCAAAGGUUAUUUUGAUCCUCAUUUGCUAGCCAUGGAUUACAGGACCAUGGGAUUCCGAGAGUGUCUUGCAGAAGUCGUGAGGUACCUAGGCUCAUUUGAAAAAUUUCAAGGUCGUGAAAGUGCUGAUCCACUUCAGGAUCGUCUAGUGUCUCAUCUCAACAACUACAUAUCUGAGAUUGAGCCUUCACCGACGUCCUGGGUCCACCGGGCCUGCGCUUGGCCACAUUACCAUCUCGCUGCUUUGCUACCACAAUCGGCAGAUGCAGCACCAUUAUCAUGCAGGGACACUUUUCAUAACCCAACCUUCCUUACGGGCCCAGCGCUGGCGUACUCCAACUCAGCUCUGAGGGGAAUUCCUCUUGAGAGAAUAGCGUCGACUAUGAUGCCAUCUACUCACUACCAUCUCCCGACCAUGGCUUCAUCCAGCCUCCUGUCAAACCUUGCAUCUCCUAUUCACAGAGUCCUGUCCAACAUGGCAUGCACGCUGCCUGGUGUUCCAUCCAACCUGAGCUCGACCAACAAAAUGUUAACGGGUGCUGUUGCAUCUCCACACAUCACCUCACCCUUACUGUCACCUGCUUCUAACUCCAACACCAUUCACACAACGGCUACUUCCAUGCCGGGGUCUUUAGGAAGCUAUCCAUCUGUGCCACAUUUCCGAUUUAAUCCCUCUGGACCAACAAACAACCUGGGCACCCGCAAGCCUCGGAGAUCGUGGACAGCCGAGAUUGGGGCAUUCUAAACUCAGUUUAAUUGGGGGAGGGGGUGGAAUAACGGCAUAUUUAAUAAUAAUGUAAGAACAUAUUGAGCCAGAAAAUAUUCCGUUGGAUAAAACCAUUCUAUUAACCAUUCUAUUCCCGACUGAAGUAAGAAAGAAAAGAACUGGUUUAGUAUCUAAAUGCAUCACAGAGUGCAGAGGUUUCCUUCAGCUCUCUUAUCUGAAACGCAAUUGUUCGUUAUCUGGCAAUGAAUUAAUAUAUUUUUCCGUAACUUACACCACCCUUCCGAAAAGCAUUACUUUAGUUUAGUUUGUUUUAGAGAUACAGCACGGAAAUAGGCCCUUCGGCCCACCGAGUCCGUACUGACCUGCGAUCGCCACACAUAAACAUUAUCCUACACACACUAAGGACAAUGUUUACAUUUAUACCAAGCCAAUUAACCUACAAACCUGUACGUCUGUGGAGUGUGUGAGGAAACUGAAGAACCCAUGCUGUCAGGGGGAGAACGUACAAACUCCGUACGGGCAGCACCCGUAGUUGGGAUCGAACUCGGGUCCCUGGCGCUGUAAGUGCUGUAUGGCAGCAACUCCACGGCUGCACGAUUGUGCCACCCAUUUGCAUUAUUUUAAGAAAAAGCCUGUUCUUUUGAAUAAGCAGGACAGUGGUUUUGUUCAGUAAUAAGUCAUCUGUCGGAGUUCCCUCAGUCGUGAUCACAUUAUGCAAAGUAACUAUUUACAGUUCAUUGUUGGCACGCCUGUUGCUGGCUUGUUUUACAAACCCCUGAAUGGGGAGAAUUACCUGUGUGAUGAAUAAGGUUAUCAUAUACUCUCUUACUCUCAUAUUCAGUUCUUAUCCAGCCUCCCUGUACUCCACAAAUUGCCUUCACCUUUUGACAAUGUUGGCCAGACUGUCUCUGCUUAGACCUUCCCACCAUCAUACAAUUAGGUAGAAUUUCAUUCAUUUGGUUAAUUUAGAAAAUCACAGAAAAUGGCUAAUUUCUGUGUUGGCACAGUUAUCUUUGGUCUUCCUCAAGGAAUUCUCCUUGGCUCUCAUCAAUGUGAAGUCCCUAAGCAGCAUUACAUAAAAUCAAAGUAUCUAAUUGUAAAUGUAGCUGAAUGCAGCCAGCUCUUUCUCUUGUGACCCACUGACCCUAAAUUGAAAAAGGUAUUUGUCAUUUUCUCCAACAAUUGGCAUACCUGCAGUCAUUGGCUUUGUUAUCUCACUAAGUCAAUCCCAUCCCUCUCCCUGGUAACUACCAAAGUGAAGAAAUGUUUACUACCUAGUGUUAUAGUUGACUCCAAGGCAAGCUUCUAAAUAUAUCUAAGUGCCAAUGCUAAGACAUCUUAUUUCUAUCUCCAUAAUAUCAGCUCACUCUGCCUGCCUCAUAAAUUGCUAGAAACUUCAUGCGACAUUUAUUAACUUUAGUGCUAACUGCUUAAAUGAACUUGUAGCUCGAUUCCCACUACCUACUCGUUUUGUUCUUGAAGUCAUUCCUAACCUGCAUAGUCCCAUUCAUUAAUCACCAACGUGCUCAUUGAUUUCAUGUUAAACAAUGCUUCAGGUUUAAUAUUUUCAUCCCUGCUUUCAAUUUCCUCCUCCCAAUAUCUGCAAUCUCAUUCAACCCUGCAAUCCUCUGAGAUCCUGUGCAAUCAUGAAUUUGCUCAAUCCAGCGCUGGCUUCAUUAUCUUCAGGUGAGGCUUUAAGCUCUGGAAUUUCCUUCCUGCUCUCAUUUGUCUUUCUUCAUUGAAUGUGCUGCUUAAAUCUGACUGCUUCAACUGCUCUGAUACCUCCCUCUAUUGCUCUGCGCAGGCUUGUUUAAUAAUGCUACAAUGAAGCACCUUGUCUUAAAGGUGCUCUAUAAAUACAUGGUGUCAUCAUUUCCAAGGUUGGAACUGUUUCUUGCGUUAGGAGAGAUGAUCUGCAUUUUGUUUUCAUUGACGAUUAGCCUAUGCUCUUGUUUGAUGGCUUCAAGGUGCUGAGCGGGAGCAUCCGUCUUUUAAUUAUGAUGAUGUUUUAGCCAUCUAUAAUGCAAUAUUUUAUCUUAUUGCCUAGCAAAAAUUGAUGAAAGUUGCCCAAAAAUAGUAAAAGGAAGUGUGUUAUAUGUGUGUUACUUACAUUUAUUUGUCUUCAACUUCCAGUCAAAUGACUCUUGGUCCUAAAUCCCAUUGGUUUCCAUAGCAUUAAUGCAGACCAGGUGCAGUGAGACACCUAGUGGGAAAAGCUGGCAGAAAUAUUAUUUUCUCUUGAAUUCAUUAUAUCCAAGUGACUCUGAAGCUUCCUGUAAAUUGAGUUCUAUUUCUUCUAAUAAUCAAGGAUGUACUUCCUGCAGGCAUGUGGUGGAACUGGCCAGAUUCACAGACAUCUCAAUCACCAGCAAAUAACCAAUAUUUAUGCAGCAGUUUCAAGUAUAAGGAUAGUAAGCACACAAACAAUCAAAAUACAUUAUUAAUUGAAUUUGGGAGUACAACUGACUGAAAACUAAGAGGUUGUAGGAUGCCUGUGAUCUAACAUGGUGCUGGAUAUUAAGGAGAGAUUUUGAAAGGGGGCCAUAUUGAAUUGAUUAAGUGGAUUGAUUAAGAGAUAUAUUCCUAAAAGGGCAACUCACUGAAUUUCCUACAACAGAUAUCCCAUUUUACACAGCAGCAUAUCUGGGGAUAAGUUGAUUCUAUCCAGCUGACCCUUGCUCUCUGAAUGGAGGGAACACAGCAAGAUCAAGCAUGGUAGCACUAUACAUGUUUAAAAUGAUUUAAAAAAAAAUAAAGCCCACAGAUUGGGAAGAAAGGUUUAUAUAAUGGAAUUUUAAUAUAAUAU